CUCUCAGUCCAGCCCACUGCUCCGCUCUGAAACCUGAGCUAGGUGUUGAGAUUACAGCUGGUGUAGAUCAUUACUGGAUCAGUUGCUCAAAUUGUUCACACCAAUCCUGCGCUUUGCAAACGCAGAGCACAUGUACUUAGACGCAUGUAAUUUGACCUCAUUUUGUCCAACCCCCUUCACUGAGGCGCUUCCGUCAAGAUGGUUGUAGGUGCUUUUCCCAUUGCAAAGCUGCUCUAUUUGGGCGUUCGUCAAUUAAGCAAACCAAUAGCUAACAGAAUGAAAGCAGGAGCACGGAGAAGCGAAUUCUUCAAAAAUUACAUAUGCCUUCCCCCGGCACAAGUGUACCACUGGGUUGAAAUGCGAGCGAAGAUGAGGAUCAUGGGAUUUCGCGGUUCUACCAUCAAGCCACUUAACGAGGAGGCAGCUGCGGAACUUGGGGCAGAGCUGCUAGGAGAGGCCAUCAUCUUCCUGGUUGGCGGGGGCUGCAUGGUUCUUGAGUACAGUCGGCAGUCUGCAAAUGCCAGGCGUAAGGAAGAGGAGCUAACAGAGACCAUCAGCAGUCUUCAGACACAACUCGGGGAGCUCACUCUGGCCACAGAGACUCUAGAUGCUCAGAUCCGAGAGAUAAAUAGAUUGCUACUGUCUUUUCCAUCUGCCCCAUCAACAAAUAACACUAAAUAUUGAUGUGUGGCUCUGAAUGGGACUGAGGGACUAAGUCUGUAAAUGUACCACAAUACAGACUAGCAGUGCCAUGCAAAUAUGAACACACAAGCUAGUGGAACUUCAACCACACACACACACACACACGCACUGUGUUUUGGUCCUAUUUAAGAAUACAAUAGUAUUUGUGUUUCACACUGUGAGUGGUACAUGCCAAAAACCCUCGUGUGAGUGUAUAUGUGAAGAGCAAGCCGUGUCUCUUGGUCAUGCUGGACAUCAGAACCCUGUCUAAAUAGGUUUCUCCAUAUUACUUCAGUUUGCAGUUGACAUGGAAAUGUUUCAGAUUGAAAACAAGAUGUUUAAUUCAAAGCUUUGACAUUUUAAUAGGGAGAAGCCUUAUAUAAAGCUUUCAUAGAUUUCUGAACUAACUGGUUUAACCAAAGGUACUUGAGAUUCAUCUUAAGACUACAUUUAAUGGAACAAAUUAGCUUUCCAGCCUGUGCCUGGAGUUUCUUUCUGAAGGAAUGUUAGCUUUUUGAACAAGAACAAAAAUAAGUUCCCUUAAACUUCCAACUUCCAAAACAAAUAAGUUCCCAAAACCUCCAGAUGCUGUUUUAGAUCCAUGGUGAUGUUUUGCAUUGUGAAUGUAAAAAAUAGGUCUCUGCAUGGUGAGGAGUGUGACUAGAUGUACAGCAGUUCUGUAGAUAUGUUAAUAAGGUUAUGCUUGAUCAAACCUGUUUCAGGUUACAAAGAGCUUGAUAAUUAGCUAACAACUCAGAUUUGUUAGAGCAGUGGGACCUUAGGACAAGAGCUGGCUCCAUUGAUCAUAAUGAUGGUAAAUUACAUAAAAUAAACAGCUCGAUAUUACAUAAAUAAAAAGAUUUUAAACACUUCCAGGAUGUCCUGUGCAUAGUGAUGUAUAUUAUUAUUGUAAAAUAAAAUAUUCUACAUAAA